AUGCAGAUCAGGAGCGAGAACCCAUCAUUGUGGAGAGGAACGAACGGAAAGACAUACAGCAACGGUAUCAUCUUCAACUGCAAAUACGACUCACAGACAGGAAACAAAGUCGUUUUCGCUGCAAACCUCGCACAAAACACUGUCACAGCUUCUUACACAGUCGGGGAAACGAAACUCACUGACUUGAUCAGUGGGAAGACAUACACAUCCUCAAACGGAACAUACAACAUUGAGAUGAGCGCUCUUGGUGUUGCUCUUUUCAAGGUUGAAUGA